CCCAUCAAAAGGCCUUUCCUUUCGUGCUUCCACGACGCUCCCCGUUUUUAUCUUCCCCUUAAACAUGAUCGUCGUCGUACACUCCAGUCAAUGCUCUUUCUUCGAUCUCUCUCUCUCUCUCUCUCUCUCUCUCACUACCCAUCGUUCCUUUGUUCCCCCGUUUGCCCUUUCGGACAAAAUCCCACUCCGUGUCCGCUUCCGUUCGAGCCUUUAGCCGGAGGAUCUCGUGCGCUUGAUGUGCGUGUGUGAUCCAUUCGCAAUACCCACGAAGCAAAUUCUCGAGCUGAGCUCGAACUCCGUGAGAGGCUCGGAGAUGAUGGCGUCGCUGUAGCGGUGGCAGCAGCAGCUGCUGCGAGCGAAAGCAAGCGCUUUUCUUUGUUUCGUUUUUUUUUUUUUUUUUUUUGUGCUGUUGCGCGGAUAAGAAGGACGUGCUGUGAUUGCACUUCGAUAGAAGCGAGUCUGUGAGUCGAGUUACCCGAGUGGCUGAGCGGGGGAGUGGGAUGGGUUCCGAGCAGAUUAGAAUUCCUCAGCAGCAGCAAGAACGGAGAAAGAGAUGGGGAGGAUGCCUUGGUGCUUUUUCUUGUUUUAGUUCUCAGAAAGGUGGAAAACGUAUAGUUCCUGCAUCUCGUAGUCCAGAGGGAAAUGCUGCAGCAAACCAGCCAAACAGACCUCAAGCCAUUGGGUUGGCUAACCAAACAGCACUAGUUCCCUCUCUUCUUGCACCUCCUUCUUCACCAGCAUCCUUUACAAACUCUGCUCUUCCUUCAACAGCUCAAUCACCUAGUUGUUUCUUGUCUUUAUCAGCCAACUCACCUGGUGGCCCUUCAUCCGCAAUGUUUGCCACGGGGCCCUAUGCUCACGAAACACAACUUGUUUCUCCUCCAGUUUUCUCAACCUUCACAACUGAGCCAUCAACUGCUCCUCUCACUCCUCCGCCAGAGUUGGCCCAUUUAACCACACCCUCCUCACCGGAUGUUCCUUACGCGCAGUUUCUUUCAUCUUCAAGGGGCCUCAAAGGUGCCGAUAGGAGCAGUUACCUUGCUGGGAAUGAUCUUCAGGCGAAUUAUCCACUUUACGCUGGAAGUCCUUCCAGUAGUCUGCGAUCACCCAUUUCGAGGAUAUCCAGUGGUGGGUUAUCAUCAUCUUUUCUAGAAAGGGAGUUCCCUCCGCAGUGGGACCCAUUGGCUUCUCCUCGAAGUGGGAAGUAUCAAGGGAGUGGUUCUGACCGGUUAUACGGGCAUGACAAUCCAAGCGCCUCUGCAGCCACUCACGAUACUAAUUUCUUCUGCCCAGCUACAUUUGCUGAAUUUUAUCUUGAUCGUAAUCCUCCGUUCCCUCAUACUGGUGGCAGAUUAAGUGUUUCUAAGGAUUCAGAUGUCGCUUAUAAUGGCAGCAGUGGAUACCAGAAUCGGCAAAACAAUAGAAGUCCCAUGCAGGAUGCUGACGAAAUGGAAGCUUAUAGAGCAUCCUUUGGGUUCAGUGCAGAUGAAAUGAUUACCACGAACCAGUAUGUGGAGAUUUCUGAUCCAAUGGACGAUUCCUUCAGCAUGACUCCUUUUGCCUCCAAUAAAUCUUCUACUGGGGAGACUCUACAGCCUGUUUUGGUAGGUGAAGAACAAAAGGCAGAGAAAUCACAUGUCACAUUGCUAACUUCAAGAAGUCUUGGAGUUGAACGAGAUCCCUUUACCAGAGAUGCACGCUUUGAAGUGUCAUCUUCUUGCAAUAAUCAUACAGAACGGAAACAGUGGAAGCCAAGCUCGGAUGCAUCUGGAUUGAGUACGCCCAUUAACCACACAGACGAUGAGAAUAUUCUUUGGAGGAUGCGAUCAUCCAGAAGUUGUCGAAAGUACUAUUCAGGUUUGUCUAGCUCGGAUGCUGAGAUCGAGUAUAGGAGAGGAAGAAGCUUAAGAGAAGGAAGAAGAGAUUUAGCAUGGCGUCGCUGAUGACUGAGCUUCAAGAUAUUUGCUGCUCAUAGUUAACUAGUGUCAAGAUUUUAGGCUUCUUUUGUCACUUGAUUCUCUUUGGGAUUCUUGCAUUGGUAGGUGGAAUGCUCCGACCUCUGUCUCUUGUGCUUGAUCUUAUUUCUGUGCGCGCGCUCUAUAUGAUUCGCUAGUUUAUCUUCUGUACAAGUUACAUAGGGAUGCAUCAGAUGAUACAUAUUUUGUCAAGUUGUGAUGUAAGUGCACAAAAACAUGUUAAUUUGCAUCUCUUGGCUCAAAUCUUAGUGUUAGUCUGGCCGAGAGCAAAGAUCAUUUGCUCUAAUAACCUUCUUUUGUUUUUUUAUUUGUGGCUUUCAAAUCCUGUAUUCAAUCUCUUUUACUA